GGGAGGGAGAGCGUGAAGCUGUUCGUGGGGCAGGUGCCGAAGCACAUGACGGAGCCGCAGCUCCUCGCCAUGUUCGAGGAGGUGGCGCUCGUCGACGAGGUCAACAUCAUCAAGGACAAGGCCACCAAAACCUCCCGAGGGUGCUGCUUCUUGAUCUGCCCCUCGCGGGCCGAGGCCGACAAGGCAGUGAACUCCUACCACAACAAGCGCACGCUGCCCGGGGUUGUUCUAAUAUGCUCCACUCAGGCAUCCAGUCCGUUGCAAGUGAAGUAUGCAGAUGGCGAGCUAGAAAGAUUAGAACACAAGCUUUUCAUUGGUAUGCUUCCAAAGAACAUAACUGAGGACGAAGUUUCUGCUUUAUUUUCAACAUAUGGUAGCAUUAAAGACUUGCAAAUACUUAAAGGUUCACACCAAGCAAACAAAGCUGGAUGUGCCUUUUUGAAGUAUGAAACUAAAGAACAAGCUUUGGCAGCCAUCGAGUCUUUAAAUGGGAAAUAUAGAAUGGAGGGUUCGAGUGUGCCUUUGGUUGUUAAAUGGGCUGACACGGAAAAGGAAAGGCAAGCACGAAGGGCACAAAAAGCUCAAUCUCAGACCUCUAAUAUUACAAACGCGAAUUCCAUGCAGCAGCCUUCACUAUUUGGAGCUUUACCAAUGGGAUACAUGCCUUCAUAUAAUGGGUUCGGUUAUCAGCCAAAUGGAACUUACGGGCUUAUGCAGUACCCUUUAGCUUCAAUGCAAAAUCAAGCUGCCUAUCACAACAUGGUUCCGCCCGUUAAUCAAGGAAACUCUCUGCGUGGGCUCAGUCCUGAGCUUUCCCCAGGCACACUUCCUAGAACUUAUGCUUCUAUUCAGUCUGCUGGAUAUACAGGCUCACCAUAUCCUGCUAUGCCAGGUCAAUACCCUGUAUCCUAUCCAGGUGGUUUUAUUAAUAAUAGAUCUUUGGGUGAUUCCCACAGUUCAGACAAAACUGUAAGCAUGAAUGCUAAUUCAGCAUCAGCCUCAAGCGCCAGUACGAGCUCGGGUGGUCAAAUAGAAGGUCCUCCUGGAGCUAAUUUAUUUAUUUAUCACAUCCCUCAAGAAUUUGGUGAUCAAGAGCUCGCAGACGCCUUUCAGGGGUUUGGUAGGGUUUUGAGCGCUAAAGUUUUCGUAGACAAAGCCACCGGAAUUAGUAAAUGCUUCGGUUUUGUAAGUUAUGAUUCUCCCACUGCCGCCCAGGCGGCGAUCAACGUAAUGAAUGGAUCCCAAUUAGGCGGUAAAAAAUUGAAGGUACAACUUAAGAGAGACAACAAGCAGAGCAAACCUUUCUGAUUUAAGAAAUUUAUUUCCCAGGAGGCGGCAUUUCCUCACGCAGUUCCACGAUGCUACGACUGUAUGCACUCUGAAAUACAACCACUGAUGGAUGAGAGAAACAGUUGAUCAUUGUAUUAUUAUUCGCACCAUUCUAUUGUAGUUUUUUUUUAAACAAAAUUCGAUUCUUCAAAUUCUUCAAUGUUGUUCCAUUUUGUUGUACACUACUGCAGCAUAUUUGUAAUUUUCUUUUCCCUUUUAACUUACCACUGGUGUUACAAUAGACAAGCUAUUGAUUCAUUCGAUUGUUCCAUCACAAAAUGGAUCGUCGCACAUGUCGAGUAUAUUCCAUUGAAACCAUUUAAUA